UCCUCUGUGUUAGGAAUGGCUGCUGUUGAGGGGAAAGCUGAUUUCAACUCUCCAGCUAACAUCGGAUCCUCUAGCACCAUGCUCUGCUUCAGACUCAGCACCACGCUGUUGCUGGCAGCAACAUGUCUACUUAUUGGUUCAGGCUUUUCCAGAGCCCAGAUGUCAGGUGGCUACGAUGAAUCCACUACAAAGAGGGUGAUUACCUGUGAGGGCCCCUACAACAUCCAUCGCCUGAGCUGUGAGACUGGAGUGAUCAUUGUCCAAACAGCUCUGUAUGGACGUGCAGACAGAGAGAUGUGCAGUGAGGGCAGACCUGCACACAGUCUGACCAACACAGAGUGCUUUCAGCACGGCACUCUGGAAGUCCUCAAGAAAAGAUGUGAUGGAAAGAAAGUAUGUGAACUGAACCUAAAUGUUAUUCAGACCUCUGAUCCCUGCUUUGGAAUCUACAAAUACCUGGACACCACCUUCACCUGCUUCCUAGCAAAUGCUUGGACCCAGAUUCAACAGUAAAACCAAAAUAACAUCCCAAUAUACAUGCAUUAAAAAAAAGAAGUCAUUAUUGAUUUCAUUUGGCUUUGAUUUAUGUUCUUUACUGCAGUUUUAGUUUUCUAUUUAGUUUAUUUAAUCUCAAUUUAUUCAACUGUAACUAUCUCUGUUUUCAUUGUGCCCUUCAAAUAAACUUACCUUGCAUUGACA